CGCGGGAAAGUCGUAGUUUUAAUUGCAUGGGUUGUUGCUUAUCAAAUGAUUGCUUUGGAGUUGGGUAGUUGUGCAAAGAUUAUCCGAUGUUCGUUUAUUGUUACUAACGACACUAACAUGGCGGACGGUGAUUGGCCGUCGCAACGCUUUCGUGAUAACGUUAUCAAUCGGUUAGAGCCUGAAUUGGCGAGGAACCGACAAAAUGCUCCAAACUUGCCGGUACCUGGCGACGCACGACAGGUAGCUUUUUGCUUUCAUAGUUUCGUAUCACUUAGACAGUCGAAGAAUAUGUUUUCAAAAAGUGCAGCAGCAAAGAUGAGUACAUGCGUACCAUCGCUAAGGUUAUUAAUGCAAUUAACUGCAAUUGUAAGCUUUUAUUCCUGUUAUGUAAUACUCUCAGAAAAUUAUGAAAUAAAUGAGAUUACUAGAAGUGUUACCAAGUCUGCAGCAGCCCCUUCUUCUUCUGCAAUGGUCCACUCACCAUCAUAUCAGGCAAGUCAAGCUCCACCAUCUAGUUAUAGAGCUUCUGGUGUUCCUCCUGAUCCGCAACCAACUCAGCAAGAAGCCUCACAGGCAAGAAUUUUUUUACCGCUAAACUUUUCUUUUGAUCUUUUGAUCUUUAAUUGGAGAAGUAAAUUUUCUUUUGAUGAGCAGUUUCAAGCCCCGCCACUUGGUCAACCGCCACCAAUGAUGCAGUCCCAGCAAACCUCACCUCUAGGCUUAAACAUUAGUGGCAUUGGUCAAGGAGUUCAGAGGUCGCCAAUUGCACAGCACGGUUCAGUGUCUCAUCAGCAGCCUUUUAUGAUGUCUCCACCUGCCUCUUCCAUGUCUUCUACUCAGCCUUCACCCACGCAUCAAAUUUUCAAUCGUAUCAAGACAGAACAGAAGGUCAGUCCAGAUAUGAUGCAAAGAGAGCCUAUGCAAAGAUCAUGGAAGCAACCUGAAAUGGUAUCUAAUGCAUAUGGCCCGCAAAUGUUCGGCAGUGCACCAGGAUCAUUUAUGGAGCCAAUGCAUCCUUCAACUUCACAUUCACAGUCUACUAGGAUGGUUUCCACUCAUCCUGUCCAACAACAGGCGCAGCAAGCAUCUAUACUAGAACAUUUGAUCAAUUCUCCCCAAUACGGCUCACAGCCCGCUCAGCCACAGCGUUUAUAUGAAACGAAAUUGAGGAAGCUUAUGAAGUAUGCGGAACCCCUGAGGGCAAAAAGCAGGCAGUGCAGGAUGGAAGGGAAUGAGGACGCUGCUAUGAAGCUUGAUAAUAUGUCAGAAAUUGUUGAGGGAAAGAAGGUGGUUACCAUGGACUGUCUUGAUCAGCUGGAAGAGUGGAUUUACAAGAAACAUGAUUUGUUGUCUCAGACACCAUUAGUGGCAGCUGUUAAUGCAGUUCUUUUAAAUGGAGAUUCUCAGGGAAAUACUAGUGAUAGAAUGUCGUCUCAGGGAAUCAUGCCCUCGUGUACUCAGUGGGGUCCUACCCCCAAGCAGCAUUCUCCACACCCUGCCCCUAAUCAUGCACCCUCUAAUUUGAUUUCGCCAAUAACAAUCAAUUCCUCUAUAUCAAAUUUACCUGUUCCAAAUUCGGUUCCAUUGUCGCCGCAGAUGCACUCUCCUCAAAUGAUUCCAGUUAGUCCGGGAAUUCAGCAAAUGCAUCACUCAUUAGACCACAGUCAUUAUCAGCGUCCUUCUCCAUACCCUCAUCCCAUGACAGCUCUUCGAAGCAGCCCACAGUAUCAGCAACCAGUACGUCAGCUUACUUCAAGAACGACGUCUGCGUCUCAGAAUACUAUGGGUGGGAUGAAUCCGCAGAUGGAUUCAUCCAUUGAAGUUCCAACCGUAGGUACUCAGGUUCAAGAUGAUUUCUAUUCAAACGUAGACGACUUUCUCCCUACACCGUAUGAGUCUAUGCAGCCGGCUUCUGCUCCCGUGGUGGGUGGACAGCUACCAGAAGAAGCUCGACGGGAAUUACUAAGUUUAAGAGAUCGCAUAAGGUUUGAUCCAAAUGUCGAAUUGGCAUCUGAUGGUCAUUCAGUAAUUGUGAAAUGUAGCUUAAUGUCACAGUCAGUUCCGCCAUUACGCUUGGUUGUUCCUAAAGCUUACCCGAAUGGAUGCGUUUCUGCCGAGAGAGCUGCGCUCGACCUUGAUUCGUUUUUCUUCGACGACCUACAAAGCAUGAUUCACGAUCGCCUUGCUGACCCUAGUGUAACAAAAACUGUUACAGGUUAUCUAGAAACAUGGGAAUCAACGGUCAGGAACUAUUAUUCGACUCAGCAGAAUCAAAUGUCAGUUCCAACUUCUUUUGACGAUAUUUUACAAAAUAGUUUUGACGACAUUAUAUCGUCAUGA